CACUUUUGAAGCGUCGGCGUCGAUGCUGACUCUCCAAUGCUUUAGUUCUAUUUACAAAACAGUUGAUGGUGUUUCCAUACUGGAAGUAGAAAAAGAAUUACUCCAUGACUGUGAGAAGGCAUGGCUAAGUUUCUAGUGUUUAUGGUGUUGGUGUCUAUGAGUUGCGUUAUAUCGGUGAAACAUGAGAGAAAGGUGAUAAAUAUAGCUGUCUUCUUGGAUGCGGAUGAGCAAAAUGAAAUAGCAAUACUAGCUUUAAGUAGCAUCAUUAGAACAGUAUACAGUAGGACCAAUUAUUUGCUACGUCCGCUAAUCCAUAGAAUGCAUAAGUACGAAGUAUUUAAAACUGGACAACUUGCAUGUUCACUACUAGAACAAGGCGUGUCUGCGAUAUUUGGCCCAGAAUCACCGGAGAUCAACGAUAUUGUUCAAUCAAUAUCCAUGUCGUUGCAAAUCCCCCAAUUCCAGACAUUUUGGAAUUCAAGACUCAAGACACUCUAUGAUCAUCAGGGAUAUAACGGAAACGAGAUAUAUACAUUUAAUUUACACCCCAGUCCAACAAAUUUAGCUAAAGCACUGGCAACACUGGUUCGGGAAAAUGACUGGAAAAACUACAUUGUAAUAUACGAAAAUGAUGAAGGAUUGUUGAGACUUCAGGAAGCGCUGAAGCGUCGGAAUACUCAGGAGCCUGCUAUAAUUUUCAAGAAAUUGGGAGACAGAGAAAACUACAGGUCUAUGUUAAAAGAAAUCAAGCAUACAGGAAUGCUACAUUUUAUCCUAGAUUGCGAAACCGAGAAUAUACUGGAAGUACUCAAAGAAGCCAAUGAACAGAAACUUCUUACCGAGUUUCAUAGCUACAUUCUUACAAGUUUGGAUGCUCAUACGUUGAACUGGUUCGAGCUGAAAGGUGUCAGUUCCAACAUAACAGCAUUUAGACUUGUUGAUCCUUCCAGCAAUAUCGUGAAAGAAGCAGCUUCGGUUUGGACGCUUGUCAUGAAGUACAGCGAGGACUACUUGCAUCCUUACUGGAAUGCUUCAGAGGAUAUUGACCUCUUUAAUAAUAAGCACUUCUCUGAAAUAACUUCUUUUAACAUUAGGACGAAGACAGCUCUCUUUUAUGAUGCGGUCAAUUUAUUCUUUAACACUUUCGCAGAGAUGGAGAAGAAAGAACUAUUGAUUAUAAAACCACUGUCCUGUCAAGCAAGUGAAAAAUCUUCUCAUGGUACUAAGUUAUCUCAAGCUUUAAAAAAGGUUCACAGCGAGGUAGGUUUACUAUCUGGGCCAAUUAAAGGAUUCGACUCAUACGGCUACAGGAAAAACUUUCAACUGAAAAUAGUUGAAUUAGAUGAAAAAAGAUUCAGAACCAUUGGAACUUGGACACCACAGAAGGCUGACAAGAUAGACUUUACAGUUACUGUUGAAGAUAGAGACACCGAAACCAAAAGAAAGAUUCAGCAAAUGACUUUCAGAGUUGUAUCAAGGUGAAAAUUAGUCAUUUAACCACGCAGAUCUCCAAAAGUCGUCAAAGAACAAAAUUGUGUUAGAAUAGUCCAAAUUAUUGCCCCUUGAAUGUUUCCCUGUUUUAAAACACACCCUGAAGGUUACAAACUUACACCUCAUAAGUAUCAUCUUGGAACAUUGUAGGGUUGGAGCACCUUAUUUUAUCAGAAAGGAAGAUCCGCCUGGAAGGAUUCUGAAAGGCAACGAUCGUUAUGAAGGAUAUUCGAUAGAUUUAAUGAAAGAGAUUUGUAAGCCAAACAACCUAAACUGUAGCUUUACGUUUGAACCUGUAUCUGAUGGAAUGUAUGGUAACUACGACCCAAAUACAAAGAAAUGGAAUGGACUCAUAAAGGACCUUAUUGAAUUCAGAGCCGAACUAGCAGUCUGCGACCUAACUAUAACUUAUGAAAGGAAAACUGCAGUUGACUUCACAGUUCCAUUUAUGACAUUGGGAGUAAGCAUCCUUUACUCAAAAGCCGUAAAGGAACCUCCAGAGUUGCUGUCAUUUAGUCAUCCCUUGUCACUUGAUGUAUGGCUGUACAUGUUCACAGCGUAUUUACUAAUUUCUAUCACUAUAUUCUUAGUAGCAAGACUAAAUCCAAAUGACUGGGAAAACCCACACCCCUGUAACCCAAACCCUGAAACAUUGGAGAACAUCUGGAGUAUAAGAAAUUGUUGUUGGUUGACCCUAGGCUCCUUUAUGGCACAAGGUUGUGAUAUCCUGCCAAAGGGGAUUUCGACUAGACUAGUGGCGGCAAUGUGGUGGUUCUUUGUGCUUAUAAUGAUAGCCUGCUAUACAGCCAACAUGACAGCUUUUCUUACAAUGGAGCGAAUGGGACCUACUAUCGAAAGUGCUGAGGAUCUAGCUGCUCAAAAUAAAAUCAAAUACGGUUGUGUAAAAGGUGGUUCAACCGCAUCAUUUUUCAAAGAUACCAACUUCUCUACCUAUCACCGUAUGUGGGUUCAGAUGGAAUCCGCAGAGCCAAGCGUAUUUGAAACAAGCAAUAAAGAUGGGGUAAAGAGGGUCUUGACUAGCAAGAGAAAAUAUGCUUUCCUAAUGGAAAGCUCCAAUAUCGAAUACGAAAUGGAAAGGAACUGCGAUUUAAUACAAGUGGGGAAUAACCUGGACUCCAAGGGUUAUGGAAUUGCCAUGAGAACAAAUGCUCCUUACCGAAAGUCUUUCAAUGAAGCGAUACUGAAAAUGCAAGAAAUGGGUGUUUUGGUUAGAUUGAAAGAUAAGUGGUGGAAAGAAAUGCAUGGCGGUGGUCAAUGUACUAAAGAUAAACAUUCAGAAGAUGCAACUGCCACUGAGCUUGGUUUGGACCAUGUGGGAGGAGUAUUUGUAGUUCUAGCGGUUGGAGUAUGCUUGGCGAUGCUUAUAGCGAUUUGUGAGUUCCUGUGGAAUGUUAGGAAAGUGACGGUAACUGAAAAGGUGGCUCCAAAAGAGGCAUUCAUGAGGGAGCUUCACUUUGCACUAAAUAUUUGGGCAAGAAAGAAGGCUGUGUUGAAUAGUGCAUCCAGAUCUCCUUCUGCAUUACCGGCUGAGAGAUUAUCGAACAAGUCGAGAUAAUAUGAAGCUGAGUUGAAAAAUAAAGAGUUCAAACAUACAUAUAUUAGUGUAUCACUUCUUGAUUCAGUCUAUUUUAUUAUGCUGUUUUCAUCCUUCAUAUGAUAUUGUGCUAGCCAUAACGCACUCAGGCUGCUCGCAAAAA